AUGGCGUUCCUUCACCGUCUUAAAGAAAGUUUCAAAGAGGGUCUGGUGACGCUGACAAAUGCUGGCGAUGCACCACGGCGGAAUGACUCUCACACGCGCACGCUCUCUAAGCAAAGCAGCAAGGGGAAGGCGCGUUCGGCCAGUGUGUCCUUUGGCUUUCUGGAGUCGCACAUCCGAGACGCGAUAGCAGCAUUUGUUCAAGAUAAAAUUGACAAGGGCGAAGCCAAGCCCCACGUAUUCACGCAGUUCUGGCUUCAGUUUCCCAAGCUGGAGGCGGGUUUUGAGGUGCUGCGGCGGCAGCUGGAGGCGCGGACAGGUAGCCGGGAGGGUCCACUGCCGCUGGCGGUGCUGCAAUCCGCUCCCCGGGACUUCGGCAUCGAGGAGGGCUCGGUCAUGGUCCGGGAGCUGUGCAGCAAAGCCGCAACGCACAAAUGUACCGAUAUCGACUUCAUCGGUCUGGUCAUGUUGCUGCUGCUGGCGUUCACACACUUCAACUCGGCCAGGAAGGGCAAGCUUGAUAAGCGGGAGCACGACAACACCAUUUCCUUUGAGGACUUUCUUCGAGGUAUCCUGCAGCUGGUCCAGGACGAGUUUGGGGACGUAUCAGACGGUGAUGAUGAGGCCGUCGGACUAGAAGGAGCCGCCACCGCCGGCGGCUCAGGUUCCGGCUCGGCCACGCCGUCGCCGCCAGGCGAGGCCGACGGCGCAGCGGCGUCAGUUCCCAGUGCUCAGCUGGACACGGACAACUCAAUAUGGCAGCAGCAGCAACAGCAGGGGUUCCCCUUCGCGGAGACGAAGGUCAUCGGGUGCCUGGCCCGGCUCCUGGCCCGGGCUCCUGACAUAGUCCCAGUCCACCGGCAGCCCUCGGCGUGCUGA